AUGGAUUUUAAUCAAUUAUAUCCGCAAAAAAAUCAAAAUUUGAUCCAAAAAUUUGAUAUUUUUAAAGAUAGAUUAAAAAUGUAUCUUAAAAAUAGAACAAACAACUUUAACUUAAACCAACAAAAUUUGGUAAAAACAAUUUUAUCAGCUGAUAAAAUAGGAGAUGAUGAUUUAGCUGCCAUUCUAUUAUUACCAUAUCUUUUUAAUCCAGUUAACAUUAAAAUACCCAAAAAAACAACUGACAACAAUGUUUCUAAAUAUUCAAUGCGGAGGCCAACAAAAUUAGAACAAGCCAGUGCAGUUGUAGUUUGCAUAACCAAUAUUAAUGAUCUCAAAACAACCCACGAAGAAAAAGUGAACCGAGCAUUCAACUGUGGGCUUACUGUUCAACCAUAUGUUGUCAUUGUGGGUAAUUUAGAAGAAAUCAACUCUACAAUUAGCUAUUACACAGUGAUUAAUGACAUACAUUAUAAGCUAGAAACUCCUAUCAAGGCCUUGGAUAUAUGUUUUAAAUCAUUUCAUUCAUUCAAUUUAGAAUAUCCCCAAGAGGCUGAACAGGUAUGGUGGUUCAUUCAAGAUUAUUUUUUUAAUAUAAACAAUAAUUCAAAAAAAAAAUUUAUAAGUGUGCAAACCUUAAUUAAGGAUUUAGAGUAA